CUCCGUCUGGGCCAUGGAUGGAGGGGAUCUGAUGAGCUUCUUUCUUCUGGCAUCAUUAACGGACCUUUUACCAUGAACAGUUCUAACCCAGCAAGUGUGUAUGCUAAUGGGAAUGACAACAAGAAAUUUAAAGGAGAUAGACCUCCCUGUUCACCUUCUCGAGUUCUCCAUCUACGCAAAAUUCCCGAUGAUGUCACCGAAGCAGAGGUCAUAUCAUUAGGUCUACCAUUUGGCAAAGUAACUAAUCUAUUGAUGUUGAAAGGAAAAAGCCAAGCUUUCUUAGAAAUGGCUUCUGAGGAAGCUGCUGUUACUAUGGUGAAUUAUUAUACGCCUGUUACUCCUCACCUUCGAAGCCAGCCUGUUUUUAUUCAGUAUUCCAAUCACAGAGAACUUAAAACUGACAAUCUACCUAAUCAAGCUAGAGUUCAAGCUGCACUGCAGGCCGUCAAUGCUGUCCAGUCAGGAAAUCUGGCCCUUCCUGGAGCUCCUACCAAUGAAGGCACAAUCUUACCUGGGCAGAGCCCUGUUCUCCGAAUAAUUAUCGACAAUCUCUUUUAUCCUGUUACUCUGGAAGUUCUUCAUCAGAUAUUCUCUAAAUUUGGCACUGUCUUGAAGAUUAUCACCUUUACGAAGAAUAAUCAGUUUCAAGCCUUGCUUCAGUAUGCUGACCCAUUGAAUGCACACUAUGCAAAAAUGACUCUGGAUGGCCAGAAUAUUUAUAAUGCAUGCUGCACUCUACGUAUUGACUUCUCCAAGCUCACCAGCCUUAAUGUGAAAUAUAAUAACGACAAAAGCAGAGACUUCACUCGCUUAGACCUUCCUACUGGUGAUGGCCAGGCAUCUCUUGAUCCCCCAAUGGCUGCUGCUUUUGGUGCACCAGGUAUCAUUUCUACACCAUAUGCUGGGACUGCUGGAUUUCCCCCAGCCAUUGGAUUUCCUCAAGCAGCAGGUCUCUCGGUCCCAGCUGUUCCUGGAGGUCUCGGUCCUCUCACAAUCACCUCCUCUGCUGUCACAGGAAGAAUGGCCAUUCCUGGGACUGGUGGCAUUCCAGGAAAUUCUGUUCUACUUGUCACAAAUCUCAAUCCUGAUCUUAUCACGCCACAUGGGCUUUUUAUCCUAUUUGGAGUAUAUGGUGAUGUGCAUCGAGUGAAGAUUAUGUUUAAUAAGAAAGAAAAUGCAUUGGUUCAGAUGGCAGAUGCAAAUCAAGCUCAACUAGCAAUGAAUCAUUUGAGUGGUCAGAGGCUUUAUGGAAAAGUGCUUCGUGCUACACUCUCCAAACAUCAAGCAGUUCAGCUUCCUCGGGAGGGACAAGAAGACCAGGGUCUGACUAAGGAUUUUAGCAAUAGUCCCCUGCAUCGCUUUAAAAAACCUGGCUCUAAAAAUUUCCAGAAUAUUUUUCCACCAUCAGCCACUUUGCAUCUUUCCAACAUUCCCCCUUCUGUCACAGUGGAUGAUCUGAAGAACCUUUUCACAGACGCAGGAUGUUCCGUGAAGGCUUUUAAAUUCUUUCAGAAAGAUCGCAAAAUGGCACUCAUUCAAUUGGGAUCUGUAGAAGAAGCAAUCCAGGCCCUCAUUGAGCUUCAUAAUCAUGACCUUGGAGAAAAUCACCACCUCAGAGUUUCCUUCUCAAAAUCAACCAUCUGACUUUCCUGUGAAUUUUUCUUCUAGGACUGGACCAUAAUUUCAGGAACCUUUCAGACAUAGACUUAAGCAGCUCAUGACCAAUUCUGCCUCUUUCACAAAAACUAACUUUCUGAGUUUAAUGUUUAAGAAUAUUUAAAAAAAAAAAAAAAAGAAAAGAAACUUAAUUGGGGCAGAGCCAUAGUACAGCAUAUAGGGCACUUGCUUUGCAUGCAGCCCACCGGGGUUCUAGCCCCAGAAUUCCCUAACUACUGCCAGGAGUGAUCCUUGAAUGCAGAGCCAGGAGUAAGCCCUGGGCACUGCUGGGUGUGGCCCAAAAACCAAAUUAGUAAGAGACCAAGGGAUAUUCUUUUUUCCAACUAUUCCCCUUGCCAUAUGUGGUCAAAGACUUGUUUCUUUGAACCAUAAUUUCUAUAAAAAAUAUCAGGAAAAUUUUUUCCCAAUAAUUUAAUUUCUUAUAUUAGAUUGGAUUUUAAGAGGACAGAUUUUAUUUCAGUUUGGGUCCAGAUCAGCCUUACACAACAUUUCUAAACUCCUUUGUACCUUGAAAAAUUUAAAC